AUGUCAACUGUUGCAUCAGAUACUACUCCAGUAGUUGCAUCCGCAGCUGCUACUGUCACUAAAGCUGUCACUCCAGUUGACUCCAAAAAACAAUCGAAAAAGAACAAGAAAUCCAAAGCCUCAUCCGAUUUCUUAUUAAAAACACCAAAAGGUACCAAAGAUUGGGCUGAUAAGGAUAUGGUCAUCCGUGAAUCCAUCUUCCACACCCUUUCUACUCUUUUCAAAAAACAUGGAGGUGUUACUAUUGAUACUCCAGUUUUUGAACUUCGUGAAAUUUUAACUGGGAAAUAUGGUGAAGAUUCAAAAUUGAUUUAUAAUUUAGAAGAUCAAGGAGGAGAAUUGACAAGUUUAAGAUAUGAUUUAACGGUUCCAUUUGCUAGAUUUGUGGCGUGUAAUAGUAUUAGUAGUAUUAAAAGAUAUCAUAUUGCUAAAGUAUAUAGAAGAGAUCAACCGGCAAUGACAAAAGGUAGAAUGAGAGAAUUUUAUCAAUGUGAUUUCGAUGUGGCUGGGAAUUAUGACACUAUGGUUCCUGAUUCCGAAAUUCUUAAUAUUUUAUGUGAAGGUUUAACUGGUUUAGGAAUUUAUGAUUUUAAAGUGAAAUUAAAUCAUCGUAAGAUUUUAGAUGGGAUUUUUGAAGCUUGUGGAGUGAAAUCUGAAGAUGUUAGAAAAGUUUCUUCUGCCGUUGAUAAAUUAGAUAAAUUACCUUGGGAAGCAGUUAAGAAAGAAAUGGUUGUUGAAAAGGGACAACCUGAAGAAGUUGCUGAUAAAAUUGGUGAAUUUGUCAAAUUUAAUGGUACAAUUCGUGAAGUAUUAGCAAUUUUAAAUCAAAGUGAAUUAUUAACUUCUAAUGCAUCUGCAAAACAAGGUAUGGAAGAAAUGGAAAUUUUAGCAGAUUAUGUUGAUGCAUUUGAUAUUGAUAAAUUUAUUAGUUUCGAUUUAUCUUUAGCUAGAGGUUUAGAUUAUUAUACUGGAUUAAUUUAUGAAGCAGUUACUGCUGCUUCAGCUCCACCUGAAAAUGCCAAUGAAAUUAAAGAAAAGAUUACUCAAAAGGAAUCUGCUUCUAAAAAUAAGAAAGAAGCUGCCGCUUCUAAAGAAGUUGAAAUUGAAGAUGCUUCAGAAUACGUUGGUGUUGGUUCGAUUGCUGCAGGUGGUCGUUAUGAUGGAUUAGUUGGUAUGUUUUCUAAUGGUAAAUCAAUUCCUUGUGUAGGUAUUUCAUUUGGGGUUGAAAGAUUGUUUUCCAUUAUUAAAGCUAGAGCCAAUAAAGAUUUAGAAAAGAUUAGUGCCAACCAUACUGAUGUCUAUGUUAUGGCAUUUGGAGGAGGUGAAGGAUGGAAUGGAUUCUUGAAGGAACGAAUGCAAAUUACUAAUCAAUUAUGGAAAGCUGGUAUUAAUACUGAAUAUUUAUACAAGACCAAGGCUAAUAUUCGUAAACAAUUUGAUUCUGCAGAAAGAUCAGGGGCUAAGAUUGGAGUUAUUCUUGGAAAAGAAGAAUAUCCAGCUGGUCAAUUGAGAAUCAAAAUGUUAAGUCAAGGUGCUGAAAGUGAUGAAGGAGAAUUGAUCAAGGUUGAAGAUCUUGUUGAAGUUGUAAAGAAUAAACUUGCCUCAUUCCAUGAAGAUGGUAUUGAUGAUAUCACUCGUAUCAUAAAGAAUCUUUAG